AUGUUGGGCUCCAGUCUUCAGUUGCUACUCUGUCUAACUGGUGGUGUCAGUGCCCUCUGUACAACCUAUCUAGAAUCAUGCAAAGCAUAUCCUGGCACGUCCUCUUGGCCUUCUGCCUAUACGUGGGCUGCCCUCAAUCAAACACUUAAUGGAAGACUCCUCCAGCCUCCUCCUCCUGGGGCGGUUUGCCACCCUGGCCAGCCCACCUAUGACACCAGCCAGUGUCCCAAGAUAGCCGACGAGUGGAAGACGUACGAGUUUCACGCUGGAAACCCAAUUUCCGUCAUGUGGGACAAAUUCGAUAAUUAUACUUGUCUUCCAGAGGAAAACACGCCGUGUUCUCCUGCUGGGUAUCCUGCCUACGUGGUGAAUGCAUCAACUGCAGAGCAUGUCAAGAUCGGUAUAGACUUUGCUCGCAAAUACAAUGUUCGUCUCAACGUCAAGAAUACCGGCCACGAUUACCUCGGCCGCUCCAAUUCCCCAGGCUCCCUCUCCAUAUGGACUCAUAAUCUGAAGACCAUCACAUAUAAUCCGGGACAAUACAAGCUACAUGGCUCUGGAAAGAUCCUCCAAGGUAAUUCUAUUACUGUUGGUGGUGGCUCUGAGAUGUACGAUAUAUACGUCGCCGCAGACAAGCAUGGCCAGGCCAUUGUUGGCGGAGGAGGAAAGACUGUUGGAAUAGGCGGCUACAUCACUGGCGGAGGUCAUUCAAUUUUUGCACCAAAGUAUGGCUUGGCAGCAGAUAACGUGUGGGAGAUGGAGAUUGUUACUCCCGGAGGCGAUAUCGUGAUUGCCAAUGAGGACCGACAUCAAGAUCUAUUUUGGGCAAUGCGAGGAGGAGGAGGCUCAACAUUUGGUGUCAUCACAUCCGUCACGCUCAAGACGCAUCCAAGCCCAAAGAUUCUGAGCGUCGUCUACAUGAUCUUCACAGAUCCGAAAGAAUCCAUCGCCAUGGACCUAAUCACCUACAUCAUCUCCCAAAUACCUAGCCUGAUGGCGCAAGGCCUUUCCGGUUACAAUCUAGUCACCAGAAAUAUGCCGUCGCCCAUCCAGCUACCAGGUAUCCCAGAUCGCAUCGCUGGCUUCCUGGGCACGUCCAUCCUCCAAGAUGUCGACAGCCCCGACGUCGCCGCAAAGAUAUUCAACCCAAUAAACGACACAAUUCGCGAGCGCUGGUCAAACAAAGUCCAAUUCUACACACUCCUUACCGAGUACGAUUCAUGGCUAGGCUGGUUUGACAAGAACUUUGAUAGCAGCCAGGCUGGUGGAAGCCAGUACCUCGUAUCCCGACUUUUGGAUGGCGAAGCCCUAACCGGCAACCCCAAGAAGCUCAAGAGCGCCCUACAAGCGGCCAUGACUAUUGGCGAUGGCGAAACCAUGUCUGUUUUCAUGGUAGGUGGCAAGGGUGUUCAAGAAGCGAAGCCGAGAGGAGGUAGCAAUGCUGUCAAUCCCGCAUGGAGGACCGCAUACGUUCAUGCUCUGACCAGCCAAUCGUUCGGACCAUUCAACAAGACUGCAGAAAACGAUGUCAAAGCAGGCCUAGACAAGGAAUUCCAACCCCUCCGCGAUCUGACGCCCAAGUCUGGCGCAUACAUAAACGAGGCCUUUCCGUUCGAAAAGAAUUGGCAGCAGACGUUUUGGGGCAGCAACUACGCGCGACUGCUUCGCAUCAAGCGCGAAAUCGACCCUACUGAUGUAUUCUGGUGCGCGCCGUGUGUGGGUAAUGAGAGAUGGGAGGUUCGUGAUGAUGGAAAGUUGUGCAAAAAGUAG